UAUCUUUGCACAGCACUCGCUUUCCCCUUCCUCUCUAGAGCUUCUCGCAGUUUUGCUGGCCGAUUCAAAACCCUAGCAUAGAAAUUCACCAUUUUGAAAGAUUAGUUUUCGUCUCCCCUCUACCCUGGUCACGCACAUUUUAAUUUUCACCUGACUGCUGUACAUCUUUACCAGGAUACCUGUUGGAGUUAAGUGGGCAUAGUCUGGAGAGUUGGAUUUCACCACAGACGGUCCUUGUUAAAUAGCCAGACGAGGAGUUUCUAGCUAACUAGCUGCUCUUUGAUUGUCAUCUUGCAUUAGCUUCCGAGUUUUGUGCUGUUAUCAUCUAUGCCUGGUAACGAAUUUGGAGACCGCGUUCACAAUUUCUUUGCACCAGACAAUUCGUCACAGGGGCAGCACCAGUCACAUGUUUUGCAAGGGAAUUGGCCUGUGUUAAAUAACAAUAUUUGGGUAAAUGGCCAGAUACAAAUUGAUCCAACAAAUUCUAGUAAUAAUUAUGCUUUGCAAAAUUCAGAUAUAGGCAGAAGGCAGACCAACUAUUCUGUUGACGCUGCAAAUGGCUUGAAUUUCUCUCGAUCAGAUCUGGGGCCAGAUUUUUGUAAAAAUCAGUCACUAAAUGAACAACCCUAUACAAAUGGGUUUGUGUAUGGAGAUCGAAUCUACCAGAAUGGGCAGAAUGAAUCAAACUUUCUGCCAGUGAAUACAAAUUCCGCACAGCAUCAUUUACUCUCCUCAAGUGGCUUAGCUGUCCAUGGGUUACAGCAGGGAUCUUGCUCUGAUCAACAACCGAAAGCUUCAAGCAGAUUUGAGACAUCUUUACCUUUUGAUAUAUUUGGUGCUCAGCAACAGAUAAGCCCUCAGCAAGCGAGCAUGAUGCAGGCAAUUCAACAACAGCAAGCUGGCCUCAAUGACAUGCACCAUCUGCAACAGCAAUUCCUCAUCAAGAAAAUGCAAGAUCUUCAGCGGCAGCAGCAACUUCAACAAUCUGGGUUGAGGACUCAAGAUCUGAUGAAUCAGAAUUCUCCCCUAAAUAUGAGUGUGUCUGGUUUCCAGUCUACUUUGGUUACAGACUCUCCCAAUUCUGAUACUAUGCAUGAGCAUGGGACAAGCUGGCUGAGCCAUGGUUCUUCAAACAUGCAGGGGUCCCCUAGUGGGUUUGCUUUUCAACCAAGCAUAGGCCAGACACAACCCCUAAUGGAUUUGGCGCCUCAACAGGCUGAGCAAUCCCUGUUUGGUGUUCCUGUUUCUAGUUCGAGGGGUUUAGCUAUGAACCACUAUUCUCAAAUGGAGGAUGGAUCUUCAAUGCCUCAAAUGCCUACCCCGAGUAGCUCCCAACACAAGUUUUUUCCUAACCAAAAUGGUGCGCAGGAUGGGAAUUACAAUUCCAGUAAAAAAAUUCAGACUGAAAACAUGUUUGGACAUUCUGUGAGUCAGUCACUAAAUUCUGGGACAAGAGAUACAGGGAGCCUCCAGCAUAAGGUUUCUACUCAAAGAAAUGCACCCCAGCAGGAAUCUUGGGGGCAGAAGGUGCUUGAUACACCAUCCGAGACUCAAAGAAAUGCACCUCAGCAGGACUCUUGGGGGCAGAAGGUGCUCGAUACUCCAUCCGAGACUCAAAGAAAUGCACCUCAGCAGGACUCUUGGGGACAGAAGGUGCUUGAUACUCCAUCUGAGACCUUGCAUGAAAGACCUCCGUGGAAAGCUGGUUCAUCCCAAAAUGAAGUUGCCCUUGAUCCAACUGAGGAAAAGAUUUUGUAUGGUUCAGAUGAUAAUAUAUGGAAUGUCCUUGGCAAGAGCAGUAACAUGAGUGGAGAAGCUGGUAAUCUGUUUGAUAAUGGUGGGCUGACAGAUGAGUUCCCAUCAAUGCAAAGUGGCAGCUGGAGUGCUUUAAUGCAGUCUGCUGUUGCUGAAACUUCUAGCAGUGAUAUAGCACCACAGGAGUGGAAUGGUCUGACUUUUCACAAUGCUGAGAGUUUUCCAGCAAAUAAGCCCUCUACCAUUUCUUUGCCUAAAGAAAAUUUACAAACUCCAUCAGUAUUGAAUGCUGCACGCAUCCCCUCUUCUGCAGAUUUAAAUUCUCAGAAUGUUAUGGGAUCGAAUCAAAUUGGACAUGAGUUUCAAAGUGUACCGGCACAAAGAGUGGGUAAUACACCUUUCAUAUUUGGGCAGUCUUUGGAGGAAGCUAGUAGCAAGAAGUUAAAUCCCAUUCAAAAGGCUGCUGCUAAAGGGAGUCCGAUACAUGGAAAUGCCUCACAAAAUUCUCUCAAUGCAGAGAGAAGUACAAAGACAGUUUCUGCAUCUUGGUCUCCCAGACAAAGUGGACCUAGAGAUCAUUUCAGUGGUUUGAAGGUUCUGGAAGGUGUACCAUCUGGUGGAGAUAGAGUGUCGAGCAUUCAUGAGAAUGAGAAGUUGCAAAGUUUCCAAGAAAGUCAAUCAAGGGUGAUUCAAGGAGAAGUGGGGCAUGGGGGCUCUUUAUGGAAUCCCAAUUCUCUAUUGAGUUCUAAUACAUUUGGUCAUGUAAAUCCUGCUGAUGAAAAUCACCUAACAAAUAAGGGGGUUUUGAAUUUAAAUGGCACAGCUUCCGUUGAAGACUCAUCUAAAACUGGUGUUCCUCCAAACAACUUUUUUCUCAAUCAGUGGAAAUCUACCCAUCCUUCAUCCAAAUUCCAUGGUGGUGAGCAUUUUGGGAGAAAUCUGGAUGAGGUUAAUGGGAACAAUCAUGGUUUGGGAUCGCUAACUGGCUCUGACAAGGAUGUAGCAUUGGGGAAAGAUCUGAAGACUCGCCCACAGAAGGAGAAUUCCAGUGACAGCUACCAUUCAAACUUAACUCAGCAUGCUUCUGGUGGCCAUCUAGAAAAUAGAUUAUUGGACGCAGGUGAUUCAAGAUCUUCAUCUCUUGGGAAACAGAAGUCAAUCAAUCAGCUUUCCAUGAAAGAUCCUGUCCAUCGUAAGUUUCAAUAUCAUCCCAUGGGAAACUUGGAUAAGGAAGAGGAACCUGCAGCCAGCAUGAAGCAGCCUACCCAGGACAUGCAUAAAAAGGAUACUAGACACUUCAGUCCGUGCACUUCGAGCAAGACAUCUUCCCAAGGCCAAAAUAUGUUGGAGCUUUUUCAAAAGUUGGACCAGGCAGGGGAUCAAGUUGUGUCAUCACGCAUGAGAUCUGACUACAAUUCACCAUCUCAGCUAAACACAACAGAUAAAAAUGAUGGAUCCGCUAGCCGUUCCCAGCAUGCUCAAUCUUCUGGCUCUCAAGUCUUUGGAUUUGAUCUUGGCCCUCCAUCUCGACGGUUUCAGGCUUCUGAGUCUUCUUCAUCGGCUCCAAAUGCUCCAGGUAUGGGGCAACAUGGCACUGAAAAUUCUGUGUAUAAGCUGCAGAGGAAUUAUAAUCCAGCUCUCAGUUCUGCGAUUCCAUGUGGAAAAGACGAGCUUGAAAAUAAACAGACAAGUGAAAAAAUGGUUUCAAAUCAGCACCAGUCUUCUUUUGGUGGUAAUGCCCUGCAAUUUAUGCAAAGAGGAUCUGCAGAUAAUGUUCUAUCUGAUUCUUCUCAUCUCCAGAACGAUGAUCCUACAUCAGUAGCGUGCAACACUCAGCACUUGAGUAAUCCUGGUAUUUCUGAACAGGAUGUUUCCAGGCAAGUGUUGCAUAACAUGUUGACUAAGGGCCGUGAACCUGAAUGGACUUUAGCUGCUCAGAAAAAACGAAAAGCUCCAUUGUGUUUUUCAGACUUCACUCACUCAAGCAUUGUGAAAUCAAGUCGUCAAGAUGAAUUGAGUGUUGGUAAAGAGCCCAAUCUUUCAUCUAAGUCGAGUACAAUUCAUACAAACUUUCCAGGUGUUGAUAAGGAUCAGCCUAGGGUGAAUAUUGAUUUGGAUGCCAAAAUGGAAGAGUCCGGGGGAAAAGUAACAUUUUUUAAGAAUCAACUGAAUGAUUCUCCUGCUAAUUCCAAGGAUAUUCAAGCCUUUGGUAGGCCAUCGAAGCCAAAUGAACAAUAUGCCUUGCUGAACCAAAUGAAGGUCUUGAGGGAUACAGAGUCCGAUCUGGAUGUUAGGGUCUCAAAGAGAAUUAAAGAAGCAGAUACCAAUGUUGAGAAUCAAGUAAAUUUGAUGCCAGGGCAGCAAAAUGAAGCUGGUGUUAGCAGUUCUUUCGGCUUGAAUUCUGAGGUUCCUUCUGAUGGUUUUAGGACACUGGGCAUACCCAAUCCAUUCAUUAACUUGCAGAAGAGCACUUCUUCACAUGGAAAUGUCGCCUCACAAGAUGCUGCAAUGCCUGGCAUGGAUGCAUCUAAGAGUCAUCUUUCUACCAAUUCUGCGGCUUCUGUUGGAGCUGAGCGCCUGGUCAGUCCCCAAAUGGCACCUUCGUGGUUCAACCAAUAUGGAAAUUUAAGAAAUGGGCUGUUGCCUGUGAAUAAUGCACAGCAAGUCGCAAACUUAAAACCAGCAGAGUUGCCAUAUAUUCUUGGGAAAUCUUCUAAUGUCUCGAGUACUCUCAUUUCACAAGAGAAAAUUGCUAGUGCCCCUACCCCUGUUGAUGCACGUCAAGUUGAUGGCACCAUUCUGAAUUCAUCAUCCACAUCUGUAGCAAACGAGCAUUUGCCCUCUCCCCUGGCAUUGCAAUUGAAUCUCACUCCCCAGCAUCAGGUGAUUCCGAGGCCCAAUAAGCGAAAGGCUGAUACUUUUCAACUACAUCCAUGGCACAAAGAAAUAUCUGAUCAUUCAAAAGCUCUUUCAACUCUCAGCAUGGCAGAAUCAGAUUGGAGUAAGGCAGCAAAUCGUCGCAGUGAAAAGGUCGAAGAUGGUACUGAAUUAGUUGAAGAUGUGCAUCCAAUGCUCAAAUUGAAAAGAAGGCUUGUAUCGACAACACAGCUUAUGCAGCAAAUGUUUCCUCCACCUCCUGCAAAUAUUCUCUCCAGCGAUGCUCGUUCUGAAUAUGAGAGCGUAGCUUAUUCAGUAUCUAGGUUAGGACUGGGUGAUGCAUGCCGCUCGGUUUCUUUCUCAAGUGAUUCAGAGUUGCCUCCCGAUGGUGUGAACCUAGGUCCUGCCAAGAGAAAACUGAAACCCGAUCAGCUAUUUGCACAAGCUAUUGACGAGUUGUCAGGGAAGGCUAAGAAGCUAGAAAGUGAUUUAUCGAGACUGGAGAAGGGUAUCUCAAUGUCGGAUUUGAGAGUGGAACAUCAAGAUUUGGAGAAGCAUUCCACCAUCAAUAGAUUUGCUAGGGUUCAUGGCCGGGGCCCAAAUUAUAAUGCCGAGACAGCGUCAGCCAAUGUUGGUCCACCUUGCGUGUUAAGAUAUGUAACUGCUCAUCCCAUGCCUAAAAAUAUACCCGAUGGGGUGCAAUGUCUACCGCUAUAAUGAACUGAUGAUAUAUUUACCAUUCCCCUAUAGUCAUCUGUAACCCCCCCCGGUAGUUUUUCAUAUUCAUUGGCACA